AUUACACAUGGCCGAGUGGUACUCAGAAUAAAUGGAUGGUACUCAGAAUAGAUUUUCCAAAAUGAUGGUAGAAUAGAACGUGGUUCGUUUGAUGCAGAUUAGUGAGUCCAUGUUUGGUUUAAUGUGAAAUCGAGCAUAGAUUCGUAACAAUAACAAAAGCAAUCUGAGAUUAUUUUGAUUAAACCGGCCGGUUCGUGAUCCAAACCAAACUAAAUCUAUAUAGUUGAUCAACGAGAACGACUGUUCGAAGUUUACAACUUUUUUUGAUCUCCGAGUUUUGAUGGAUUCUGUACCAAAGCAGACUCUAAAUCCAAACAAACAUCUCAAAGAACAAUUUGUGAGCAAUCUCGAUGGAUCUUCAAUUCUGGAAAUCGCAGCACUAUUGACCAUUGUCCCUGUAAGUUUCUUUUGACUCAGUUUAGCUCAAUUCCUGAUAAUAAUGACGUUUCUCUUGUUUCAGCUCUUGGUUCUAUUACGAUACUCCAUUGGCUUCCACUGUAAAAUUGAUAACAAUGGUGUUAAAUCCGUUACAUCGAAGAAAAACGACGAUGAGAAAAUUGUUAUUUCCAGAAAUUGGAAGGCUGCCAUAUCAUUGGAUUUCAUCUUCAUUGUCUUCCCCAUGCUCCUCUUUUUCACUGUUCUAUCAGAAUGGGUUUAUCAUGGGACAGGCUUGUUGUCGUUGUUGGUACUGAUUCUUUCUGUGACUGCCAAAAGAUCUUUUUCAGGGUUGCAGAGAGGACAGUCUCUCUCGUUUAGAGCAAGUGUAUCUUCUUAUAGAGUUGCUCUGAUGCUUAUUACAUGCUUGUGUAUCUUGGCUGUUGACUUUACUAUCUUUCCCAGAAGGUAUGCCAAGACAGAGACUUAUGGUACUAGCUUGAUGGAUCUUGGGGUUGGCUCUUUUGUGUUGGCUAAUGCUGUUGUUUCUCGGCAAGCUAGAGACGUCUCAUCAGGAAACUGGAUAACUGGAAUUAAAGCAACCGCUCCAUUGCUAUUACUCGGGUUUAUUCGUCUUGUUACCACUUCAGGUGUGGAUUAUCAGGUCCACGUUACGGAAUAUGGAGUACACUGGAAUUUCUUUUUCACACUUGCAGCCAUAUCAAUUCUCACAUCGUUUGUUAACAUACCAGCCAAGUACUGUGGACUCCUAGGUUUCGCUGUUCUUGCAGGGUACCAAACUUGGUUGCUUAGUGGACUGAACACAUAUUUGCUUUCGGACGAAAGAGGAACUGACAUUAUCAGCAAAAACAAGGAAGGAGUAUAUAGCAUUCUUGGUUAUUGGGGCAUGUACCUUCUUGGCGUUCACUUAGGUUAUCGUCUCUUUUACGGAAAACAUACAAAUAUUCGAAGCACCACAAGCUCAAUCGCUAGAGUCUUUCUCGUUUCUCUUCUCUUAUGGAUUGUAACUAUACUUUUUGACAACUACGUUGAGAGGAUCUCCCGUCGAACGUGUAACAUGCCUUACGUUACUUGGGUGCUUGCGCAAGAUCUUCAGGCGUUGGGGAUAUUUAUGCUGUCUAGUUACAUACCUCUGAACAAGCUUUCAUCACUUGAAGAAGCAAUUGACCAAAAUCUGUUAGCAACCUUUCUGCUUGCAAACCUUGUUACAGGAAUGGUGAACCUCACCGUAGAUACCAUCUUUGCUUCUCCAUUCUCUUCUCUUCUGAUAUUAACCGCUUACGCCUUUGCUUUAUCUGCUAUUAUCGGAACCAUUCAUUUCUCCGGUUUCCGGUUAAAGUUCUGGUAAAAAAAAAUAGCUCACAACAUCUAAACUGACACUAGCUUUGGAUUCUGAUAUGAUUGUGUGGCAUAUGAGCAGAGAAGUUAAAGACAGUUUUGUGAAGUAUGAAUCUUUCUUCUGUGUAUGAAAGUUUUGCCGUGAUGAGUAUUUUUUUC